AAAUCUCAUUAAUUUAAUAUUUGUUGACCUUGCUUCGUAUAUCCAUAGAUUUUGCGAGCUGCGGUUUGAACAAAUCCCUCGCAGAUUCCCAAUUUUCUCCUCCUCCACGACGAAGAUGCUGCGCUCUUUCUCAAUCCGGUUGCCCUUUUCCCUCUUCCCUCUUCUGCGGCUCUGCGUGUUGAUUUUCUGAGCCCGAAUCCUCCAUUCUUGAUCUGCUGGUGGUGAAGCUGGUUGCGAGAUUGGAACUGGGGUUGUGGAAUAUUAUUGUGGAUUGUGGAGCUGCCAGAGCGUAUGGAGAGGCAUGAUGGACUUCAUUUGAAUGUCUUCCUGAAGGAUUGUUGAUUUUGUUGAGGAUGAGUUCCUAUCAUUCUGUUUGGAAAUUGAUGAAUUUGUUGGCUUGAUCUUAUGCCUACUCUUGAUUGGUUGAAUUCUUGUGGAAAUAUACACAAAAGUGGAGAUAAAUUGUUGCAGUGAAUCUUGGCUAGUUGGAUCUAAUUUGGUUCUCCUAGGUGCUUGGGACAAAUUAAAUUUUCUCUUGGAAAGAAAAUUCAAGGUUGGUGGUUGGCAAUUUUUGAAGUUGAUAUGUACCAGGAUCAGCAGCUAGAGAUUAGUCCUAGUAAUGUAAAUUGCCCAAUGGGUUCAAUCCAAAAUACUUUUUACUAUUGUUGCGUGUCAAAGGGUGGUCGAGUCUUGUAUGCAUAUAGUGGUGGAGACCAUGAGAUUGAAAAACUGGCUGCAUUGUGCUUGGAAAGGACUCCUCCCUAUCACAAUUGGUAUUUUGAAACAAUGAAUAAAAGGAUUUUUGGGUUUCUCAUAGAAGAUGGGUAUGUCUACUUUGCUAUUGUGAACGAGGCUCUUGGCAACUCAGGGGUUCUUCAGCUUCUGGAACAUGUUAGGGAUGAAUUCAGAAGGUUGGCUAAGAAAGGUUCAAGCAGAAGUACAUUGAAUCCGAGCUCACAGUGUAUUCAAGAACAACUAGGUCCAGUUAUUCAGCAGUUGAUCACUUCCUUGGAACGUGUUUCCCAGAGCGGCAAUGAUUGGCCAGCAGGGGCUUCCUCACUACAUCAUGCUGGCCUCUCUGCAUCACCGGCUAGUGAUCCUAAUGGUCAAAUUGAAGUAGCUGCUUCCACAAAAGCGCCUUUGUUGGGUAGGUCUAGCAGGAAAGAGAAGAAGAGGGAUCAUGUGAUUGCAAUGAGAGAGAUUGAGUUAGAGGAGCGACGGAAGUCUACUGAUAGAGGAAUCAAAGUUGACUCAGGAACUGUGGAUUCUGACAGCCAGACAGGGGCGGUUUCAUCAACUUCAUUGCCUAAGGAUUUGAGUUUAAUGAGGACAAGGUCAGGCGCCCUUAACAUCCGAAAGAAGUGGUGCCGCCAAGUAAGAAUUGUUCUUGCCAUUGACGCAGCUGUAUGCUUGGUGCUAUUCGUGGUUUGGUUGAUAUUCUGUGGUGGUACUGAGUGCAUGCGUUGAAGAUGCUUUCUUUCUUUACCCUUAUUCCAGCCAGUUUGGAACUCAAAACUGUGGUUCAAAGUUGUGUAAAUUUCAAACUAAUAUUCCUUUGGGAAUAUGCUUCUACAGAGAACAAUGGAAGGAAAGAGACAAACUGAUCUCCUUGGCGGGCUUUGGUGUCUAUAUGAAGGUAUGAAUUCUAGAGUGUAGCUUGUGGCAUCGUAUAAGGAGUUUCUAAACGUACAGUCAAUAUAUAUAUAUAUAUAUAGCUAUAUACACAAACAAAUAUAUAUCGGUGUUUGUCCUUCAGAAAUACAUGGGCUGUAUGCAUGGUUGAAUUGUUCCCCA